AGAGAAGUCACCCAAGGAGCAAACUGAGACGUUAAGUGAGCAGGACACUGAAGAUGCAAAUAAAAAUGAGGAAGAGCAGACAUCUGGAGAUCAAAGAGAGACGGAAGAGGAAAACGAACAGAUAGACAGCCCAAACACAGGUUCAUCUGAUGCCACGCUCUCUUGUUGCACCAGACUGACCGCUCCAAAAGUAUUUGAAAAAUUGGAUCAGGACAGUGGAUCAGAGAAUGCAGGUGAAACUCAUGCAGGACAAAAACUAUUGAAGGCAAGUUCACAAUCUGCUAUAACAGAAGACAACAGAAAGGACACAGGAAUUGCAAAUGAAGGAGAACUAGACAAAAAUGAGAGUAACAGUGAAAAUGCAGAUGAAUCAGAAGAAUACGCUAACAGUGAACCAGAUGAAACAGACAGAGACAUAGAGAGCCAGCAAACCCAAGAAAAAAAUGGAGAAAGAGAAAAGUCAGACACUAAAAAAUGAUAGUGAAAAUGAAAAGAAGUCACCUGAGGAGCAGACUGAGACACUAGGAGACCAGAAAACUGAAGAUGCAGAUAAAAAAGACCAGACACUUGAAGAGAAGAAAGAGGAAAACAAAGAGACAGACAGCCUUAACACAGAUGCAGCUGAAGAAAACCCUAACAGCAAAUCUGAUGUAACAGACAGAAAAAUAGAGAGCCAGAACUCCUCACAAACCCAAGAUGAAAUGGAGAAAGAGAAAAGUCAGAUACAGAAAAAUGAAGAAAAGUCACCUAAGGAGCAAACUGAGACGUUAAGUGAGCAGGACACUGAAGAUGCAAAUAAAAAUGAGGAAGAGCAGACAUCUGGAGAUAAAAGAGAGAUGGAAGAGGGAAACAAAGUGAUAGACAGCCCAAACACAGAUUCAUCUGAUGGCGCACUUAACACUUCAAAAGAAUCUACUGCUGACCAAAAAUGUGAUCAGGAUAGUGGAUCAAAGAAUGCAGGUGAUGCUUAUGAAGGACAAAAACUUUUGAAGGCAAGUCCACAAUCUGCUAUAACAGAAACAAUCAAAGAGGACACAGGAAAUACAAAUGGAGGAGAAGUAGCCCAAAAUGAGAAAAACAGCAAAAAUGCAGAUGAUUCAGAAGGAAAUGCUAACAGUGAACCAGAUGAAACACAGAGCCAUAAAACUGAAGAUGCAGAUAAAAAUAAGAAAGACCAGACACCUGAAAAAAAAAAAGAGAUGGAAGAGGAAAACGAAGGGACAGACAGCCCAAAUACAGCUGAAUCUUUUAAUCCACCUUCGGAUAGUGAAGCUUCCAGUGAUCCUAUGGGUUUACCAGCUAAUCCAGAGAACAAACCUACAAACACUGAUAUAAACACAGAAGAAAACACAUUUCUUGGAGUGGAGCAGAAGAACAAAGAAAAUGUUUUAACAAAUGAGUAUCCGAAAGGUGGUCAAGAACAAAUGUAAGAAGAAAACAAACAUGAGUCGUCUGAGCCAAAAAUUAGCAUUAACUUAGAUAAACUGGGCAAACAAACCCAUCCAGACAAUGCAAUACAUGACAACAGUGUCUCUCAGCAGCAGGACCACAAUGAUGGGUUGAGUAUACAAGAAGGUGAAAACAGCUGUGAAGCAGUGACAGCAUCCUCAAAUAUUACAGAUCAAGAGCAAGACGAUAAUGGUGAACAGAGAGACAAAAGUGAGUCAGAGCAAGACAUGAGGGAGAAUAGUGAUGUUCCAGGAAAUAACGAGACGAAAGAUAACAAACAUGUGUCAGAGGACCAGAAACAGAAUGGGAGACUUGAUAGCUACUUAAAACAUGCACCGAAGGAAAAUCAUAGUUCAAUAAUUAAAGAACAGGAUUUGAACAAACAGUGCAGUACAGAAUGCAAUAAUACAGUUAAUAGUGAGGGAGGUGAAGUGGGCUCAGUUUUAUCAGCUUUGAAAGAGGAACAGAACAACAUUUGUCAACUAGAGCCACAUGAAGAUCAGUAGUGUCAGUUGUCAGACAGAAAACACUAAUGGAUCAUCAAAAAUAACAGAAGAUGUUGAAGGAAAUGAUGACACCCUGCAAGUCCAAAAUUAUGAGUGUGUGCUUGAACAAUGUGUGGAGGAGAAGUAAUAGUCAAAUACUAGCAUAAGAACUAGUGUUGUCAAUUUACUAAUGUAGUACAAUUAAUUUAGUGAAACUUAUUUAAUAUAAUUAAUUGUAUUGUUAAUAUUAUUAAUAUAUUCAUUUACUUUUUUUUUUUUACUUAAAUAUGAAAAAAAAAAAAAAAACAUUAA